AUGCGUGUCCCCUUUGUUGUCUAUGCCGACUUUGAGAGCUUCACAGAGAAUAUAGACACAUGCUCCCCAGAUGGGAGUAAAAGCUUCACUAAGCAAUACCAGAAGCACAAACCGUCUGGUUUCUGCUAUCUCAUCAAGUGUUUCGACGGAGAUAUAUCCCCAUCCGAGCUUGUACGAUACACAGCCGAAUCUCCAGACGAAGAUAUCCCACAGCUUUUCGUAGAGUCUUUGGAGUCAGACAUUAAGAAAAUUUACGAUAAGUUCAGGUUCCCUAAGAAGGUGAAAAUGACUCCGAAGGAUAAAAUCGCCUAUAACGACGCCACUCACUGCCACAUCUGUGAGGGUGAAUUAGGAGAAGACAAGAUUGUAGUCGACAGUUUCACGAACAAGAAGGGCAACAAGAUCGAUGUUAAACGUGAUAUCAGAUUUAUCGACAGUUUCAGGUUCAUGUCGGCCAGUCUCGACAGUCUAGUAGGUAAUAUGUCAAGGGAGUGCUUCAAAAACCUGGCGGAGUACUAUGAGGGGGAGGAGCUCCAACUGUUGUUGAGGAAGGGUGUUUUCCCUUACGACUGGUUCGACGGCUUUAGCAAGCUCGACGCAACACAGCUCCCACAGAGAGAGGCAUUCCACUCCAAACUCAACGACACCGACAUAUCGGAGGAGGAUCACCUGCACGCGCGGAGAGUGUGGGAGGUCUUUGGGAUGGGGACCAUGAGGGAUUACCACAAUCUGUAUCUAGAGUCGGAUGUGUUGCUUUUAGCUGACGUUUUCGAGAACUUUAGAGACGUUUGUCUCAAGAAUUACGGUCUGGACCCCGCUUGGUACUACACAGCGCCAGGGCUGGCUUGGGAUGCGGCGUUGAAGACCACCAAGGUGAGGCUAGAGCUUCUAACGGACUAUGACAUGUUGCUCAUGAUUGAGAAGGGCAUCCGUGGGGGUGUCUCCAUGAUAAGCAACAGACAUGGGGAGGCAAAUAACCCUUACAUGAAGGAGUAUGACCCUAACCUACCCACAAAAUAUAUCACCUACCUUGAUGCUAACAAUUUGUAUGGCUGGGCGAUGAGCAACCCUUUACCGACUCACGGUUUCAGGUGGAUGGGUGGCCAAGAGCUGUCAGGUUGGAGAGACCGCCCAUGCAUUCUGGAGGUUGACUUGGAGUACCCUCACCACCUGCAUGACUUACACAAUGACUACCCACUAGCCCCGGAAUCUAUCGGGCUAGGCAAGGUGGACAAGUUGGUCCCCAACCUCAACGACAAGACAAAGUACGUUAUCCACCAUGAGACUCUGAGACUUUAUGUGAGUUUUGGGCUAAAAGUCACCAAGAUUCACAGGGGUGUCACUUUUGAGGAGUCUGCGUGGCUGGAGCCCUACAUUGACUUGAACACCGAUCUGAGAGCCAAGGCGACUAAUGAUUUUGAGAAGGACUUCUUCAAGCUGAUGAACAACUCCGUCUUUGGUAAGACUAUGGAGAACAUUGGGAACAGGGUGGACAUUCGGUUGGUGACGGACGAGAAGCAAGCCAAGAAGCUCAUAUCAAAGCCGAACUAUCAACAUCGCACCAUCUUUUGCGAGAAUCUAGUCGCCAUUCACAUGAAGAAGACAAAGUUAACCUUCAACAAACCCGUUUACUUAGGCAUGUCCAUCCUGGAUAUAAGCAAGACGCUCAUGUAUGAUUUCCACUACAACUUCGUCAAGUCCAAGUACGGUGAGGCGGCUAAGCUCUUAUUUACCGAUACGGACAGCUUGAUGUAUGAGAUCGAGACGAAAGACUUUUACAAGGACAUCAGCGGGGAUGUGAGGUCCAUGUUCGACACCAGCAACUUUCCGAAGGGUCACCCAUCCGGUAUUGAGGUGGGUGUGAACAAGAAAGUCAUCGGAAUGUUUAAAGAUGAGGCUGGGGGCCAGCAAAUUACAGAAUUUGUAGGACUGAGAGCCAAACUUUACUCAUACAAGAUGGAUGAAGGUAAAGAAGAGAAGAAAUGCAAGGGCGUCAAGAGAGCAGUCGUCAAGAAGAGCAUCGGUUUCGAUAACUACAAGGAUUGCCUAUUUGAUAAGAAACCUCAGAUGAGACUUAUGAAUGUCAUCAGAAGUCAUAAGCAUGAUGUUUACACUGAAACGGUGAACAAGGUCGCUCUGUCGCAUGAGGAUGACAAGCGAAUCAUCUGUGACGAUGGCAUCCACACCUUCGCUCACGGUCAUUUCAAAACUGCGGCUGGUGGUAGCUCAGUAUCUUCAGGAACGACUUGA